GAACCAACCCAAUAGGAGGCUUGUCCACUGAGAAGGAGAGAGGGAGGGAGAGGAAGAGAGGGGUAAGGGUAAGAGAAGGGUAAGAGAGAUAGAGAGCAGAGAGACAGAAAACUCUCAACUUGAUUAAAGAGGGCAGGUACAAUUGGCAGGACAAUGAAGGCAGGUGUGGGACUCUACUCUGCCCUGGUGCUCUGUCUCCUGAUGGGGGCAGUGUUCUCCCAGAGACCGAGACCUAAAAAACCUCCUAAGCCUCCUAAGGCCACCAAGCGGCCUUCUUUCAAGCCUAGCCUGCACCCUGAUGAACUGGAACCCCAGGAGCCCACAGACUUCCCCCCUCCCAUCCUUGGCCCCCCCUCCAUAUUCCCUGACUGUCCCCGCGAGUGUUUCUGCCCCCCCUCCUUCCCCAACGCCCUCUAUUGUGAGAACCGGAACCUCCGUACGGUCCCUGUGAUCCCGUCGAGAGUCCACUACCUUUACCUGCAGAACAACUACAUCUCUGUGGUAACAGCGGAACCCUUCAACAACGCCACAGAGCUGCGAUGGGUUAACAUGGCCAACAAUCGCAUAAAAAAAGUAGAAAAGCAGGUGUUUGAGAAGGUACCUGGUCUGUUGUUUCUCUACAUGGAGAGGAACCAGCUGAAGGAGGUUCCUGAUGACCUGCCAGCUGGGUUGGAGCAGCUCAUUCUCAGCCACAACCAGAUCUCCAAGAUCCCCUCUGGAGCCUUUGGCAAGAUGGAGCACCUCGCUCUGCUCGACCUGCACCACAACAAGUUGAGUGACAGUGACGUGGGGAAGAACACUUUUAAAGACAUGAAGAACCUGGUUCAGCUGAACUUGGCCCACAACAUCCUGAAGAAGAUGCCAGCUAACAUCCCCAACGGCAUCACACAACUAUUCCUGGACAGGAACAACAUCGAGGACAUCCCUAAAGACUACUUCCAAGGCUUCUCCAACCUGGCGUUUGUGAGGCUCAACUUCAACCAGCUAAGUGAUAAGGGAGUACCUAAGGCUGUGUUCAACGUUUCCACCCUGCUAGACCUUCACCUGGCCCACAACCAGCUCACCUCCGUCCCCCUGUUCAACCCCCAGCUGGAGCAACUGCACCUCAACCACAACAGCAUUGAGAGUAUUAACGGGACCCAGCUUUGUCCAUUUAGUCUGUCCUCUGAAAGUCUGACUGAUGAGGCUCUGAUGCCCAGACUCAGGUACCUACGUCUGGAUGGGAACCACUUGAGCCCUCCUGUCCCUCUGGAUGUCAUAAUGUGUUUCAGACACCUUAAGUCUAUUGUCAUCUAGAGUCAGGCCUGGAGUUAGUACACACACACACACACACACACACACACACACACACACACACACACACACACACACACACACACACACACACACACACACACACACACACACACACACACACACACACACACACACAUGCAGCAAACGGCAAAAAACACACACUGAUGCACGCAAGGCCACACACAGACACACAAACAUAGGCAGUCACACGCAAACGCACAACAUCACACGCACACACACACACACACAACCACACACCACACAACACACACAUAACCACACACAUACACAUUAGUAUUUUAGAUGGGUGAAAUGGUGCCAGAUAACCUGAGUAAAAUGCUAACUGUAUGGCUUUGACAACAUCAGGAAUAUUUCACAGCUGAAAGAUUUUAAAGGGUUCAAAUAAAUAUUUAUAAAACUAGGUCUUUGGUGCAUGGAUGUAUAUGCAGUUCCAGUAAGAUAGGAGUUGUUUUGUCUGUAAGUUGUGUUUCUAAUAUUAAGGCAGUAUAAGUACCAUAGAAUAAUGGAACAAGUGGCAGAUGAAAAAUAAAGGUAGAUUGACUGACAUGCUACAAAUAUAGUGUAGUUACAAUUAGGGUAUGAUUACUCUUUGCAUAUUAUGAAUGUACUGUAACACUACAUCUGGGGUAGGAACGAAGCAUAAUAAUGGUUUACAAGGGCCAAUACACAGGUAAGGCAUUUGGUGAAUGAAAAACAGGUUAAAAACGUGACUACCAUGUAGUUUAAAAGGUCCUUGGUGUAUUUGUGUUUUGGAGGUACUUUCGAUAAAAGUAAUUGUAUCCCUUUGUUUUGUAUGAAGCAGUUCUAUACAAAUAAAAUAAAUAAAAUGUG